AUGGCCGUGUCCGCAGAGUGGCGCCAGCAGUGGAUAGAGGCUGUGUCCAAGAUUCGAAGCGACCUUGGCUAUGAGAAGAGCGCCGAGCAACUCCGUGCGCUGCAGAAGACCGGCCUCCUGAAACUCACAGACUUGAAGAAUGACCCCGCCAAGUUCUUUGAGGCACAUCGCCUUUUGGCGCACCACGCGCCGAAGUUGGGCCCGGGCUUCUGGAUCCGAUUUACCGUGCACUACAACCUCUUCGCGGGAUCUGUCCUGGCAGUUGGAAACGACCAGCAAGUUGCCCGGCUCAAUGACUUCCAGCAGGAGGGCCUCUUGGGAUGCUUCGGCCUGACCGAGAAGCUUGCCGGUGUCAACAGUGGUGGAGUUGUCAACACCAUUGCGGAGUGGGAUGACGCUUCCAGGGAGUUCGUCCUCACGACAUCCGACGCUGGCGCGCACAAGAACUGGAUUUCGCAGGGCUUGGUUGGCGAGCUUGCAGUGGUGGUAGCAGAUCUCCGCGUCGCUGGCAAGAGGUGUGGGGCGCACGCCUUCCUCAUGGAGCUACGGAAAGGGGGCCAACCAGUCCCCAACGUAGAGCUGGGUGAUAUGGGCCGCAAGACCGUCGGAAAUGACUUAGACAACGCCUGGAUCGCCUUCCAUGGCACCAGAAUACCUCACAGCGCACUCCUGAACCGCUAUGGAGAUGUGCAGCCGGGCAAUGGCGGCACUUACGUCAGCAAGGCCAAGGGCCUGACCAACAUGGGCAUGAUCGGGCAGCGCCUCUUUAGUGGCCGUGUUGCUGUAGCCUGGGCUGCGCUGACCUUCACCAGGAAGCUCUACGAAAUGACCCGAGAAUACUCCGAUCGAAAGAAGUGUUGGGCACCGAAGGGAACCUCGAACUUGACGAGCGUCCCGCAGUUGAACCACUUGUAUGCAAGAGCAGAAGCCAAUCUGGCACAGCUGGAAAGAUUUGUUGGCGAGUGCGAAGCGCAGCUGAAUGAUUGUCUACGGAAGGACCAGAUACCACCUGCGAGCCUGCAGGAAGCAAUCGCAUGUGCCAAGAUCGCGGCAAGCGAGAUGAGCAUCGACUUGUGCUUCCGCCUGAAGCAGGAUGUGGGUUCCCAUGCCUUAAUGGGCGACACCGGCUUCGAGCAGAUGGACUUCUUGCAGGCCUGCAAGUUUGCAGAAGGAGACUCCCGGAUUCUGAUGCAGAAGCUGGCCCGCGACCGCGUCAAAGCAAAAGCCACCAUCGGCUCCAGCGAGGAGCAGCAGCUAACUGCCGAGCUGCAAGCCGCCAUGAAGAGUGGCUCUCAGGCAUGGGACGCGAACUUCGACAAGGUCUACGACCUGGCCUGGCAAGUGGUGACCCGCAACGUCGGCACGUUGUGCCCAGGUGUGAGCCUGAGAAUCCCGUGCGGGCUUUCCAAGCUGUAG